GGCGGGGCGCGGGCCGAUUGUUACCGCACAAGAGCCGGCCCGGGCGACGCCCCGCCGAGCCUGCGCCCCAGCGCCCGCCAGCGCUCGCGGAGGCCGCCGCUUCCAGGAAGCCUCCCGGGACUGCGCCCUCCCAUGCGCUGAGGUCCUGCGGCCGGCUGCCGACGAGCUUACCUCGGAGAUGACGGUCUAUCUGCAGUUACCUUUGAUUCUGACUUUGAGACAUUAAGCAAAACAAAAAGAAAAAAUUUCCAAAAACCUCCUUCCACAUCACCAAGGUCACCUUACUACUCGAAGCCGAGGAAAGUGACAUCCUGGCGAUCUCUGAGGACAGCAGGGGGCAUGCCUCUGAGUAGCAGAAUGUCUUUGACCCCACAGAAGCUGUGGCUGGGAGCUUCCAAACAGGGAAGUGUGACCCAACCCCUGCACUCCACACUCACCCCGGAGCACGCAUGGACCCACUCCCUCAGUUGCACUCCUGACUACCUGACAGAAGCAGCCCUGAGAGUGAAGAAGGCAGACCUCAGGCGCUCUGCCAGCCAUGGUCACGUGUCUGGCACAUCCGUCUACAGGGAGAAGGAGGAUAUGUAUGACGAGAUCAUCGAGUUGAAGAAGUCCUUACACAUGCAGAAAUGUGACGUGGAUUUGAUGAGAACAAAGCUUCGGCGCUUAGAGGAGGAGAACAACAGGAAGGACCGGCAGAUAGAACAACUUCUGGAUCCAGGUCGAGGCCCGGAUUUCGUGCGGACCCUGGCAGAGAAAAAGCCUGAUGCUGGUUGGGUUGUCACGGGGCUCAGGCAGAGGAUCUUCAGACUGGAGCAGCAGUGCAAGGAAAAGGACAGCACCAUCAGCAAACUACAGACGGACAUGAAGACCACAAACCUGGAGGAGAUGCGAAUCACCAUGGAGACAUACUACAAGGAGAUCCAUCGUCUCCAGACCCUCCUGGCAAGUUCUGAAGCCACAGGAAAGAAACCCACAAUGGAGAAGAAGCUGGGUAUGAAGAGGCAGAAGAUGAGCAGUACUCUGCUGAACUUGACCCAGAGCAUGCAGGAGCUGACAGAGGAGAACCAGAGCCUCGAGGACCUGGACCGCAUGCUGAGCAACUCCCCUGGUGGCUCCAAGAUAAAGGGUUACGUGGACUGGAGCAAACCCCGGCUGCUGAGACGUAUCGCAGAGUUGGAAAAGAAAAUAAGUUCUUUGGAGAAGCCAUCCACUUCAGAACUGAUCAGGUCGAAUCCCCUGAUCCACUCCUCAUCCAACAUCUCAACACCCAAGCAGCCCAAAGGAGACCAGCCCAGAGUGGACAGCCCCAAAGGGGACCAGUCCAGAGUGGAAACCCCCAAAGGGGACCAGCCCAAAGUGGACAGCCCCAAAGGGAACCAGCCCAAAGUGGACCAGUCUGAGGACCAGGAGCGCCUCAGAGGAACUGUGAAGAACCUGAAAGUAGAGCGGAAUGCACUGCGGGCACAGCUGCUGGAGAAGGACGUGGAGGUGAAGCAGCUGCUCCAGGCCAAAGUGGACUUGGAGAAAGAGCUGGAGAUGGCCAGGGAAGCAGAGAAGGAGAGACAGGAGCGGGAGCAGGCUUUGAAAGAGGAAAUUGAAACACUCACCAGCAAGUGUCAAGAACUGGAAGAAGCUAAGAAACAAGAGAGAGAUGCUCUCGUGGCAGCGGCUCAGGAGGCCCACCAAGCGCUCCAUAUACCUUCGGCCUGCAGUAAGCACUCACAGCCAGACGACUCUGAGCCAGACUCCCACAACAGUGGCUCCCGGCCUUCCACCCCCUGCUCCGAAGAGAAGAGAGAGGCUGCCGCCAAGACCCUCCAGGCCCAGUGGAGGGCCUACAGGGGCAAAAAAAGAGAGGCUGCACUGGAUGAGGCAGCCACUGCACUCCAGGCGGCCUUCAGGGGUCACCUAGCUCGCUCGAAGCUGUUGCAAAGCAAAGCCCGGGACUCCAGCUCAUUCCCCAGCCUGCCCAGCCUUCCCACCCAGCACUCUCCCACACCCCGUGGCCCAAGCCCCAUCGCCCAAGCUGAUGACAGCCCAGCACAAGAGGAGGCUAUCACCGUCAUCCAAUCCGUCCUCCGGGGACACCUGGCCCGGGCCAGGUUCAUUGCCAGCUGCAAAGGGACAGCCACCAUGGCACCUCAGAGGGGAGCUGCUGUGGCCACACACCCAGAAUCCACCUCCCUACCUGGCCUUGAGGCUUCUUCUGGAGCAAUUAGAGUGGGGCCCUUUGCCAAGGAGGAGCCGAGGGAGACUGCUAUGGUGGACACUGUUCCCUCCUCACAUCCGUCUGCCCCCCACUCUGCCCAAGGUGGCGAAUGGAGUUGCCUGUCCCCAUCCAGUCUGAAGGCUGUGCCUUGUUCCAGUGUGAAGGGUGUGAUGUGCGUGGAUGCGUGUGAAGAAAGGAGCAGCAGUGCCGGAAGUUCUCGGCCACCAUCCCUGGAGCCUUGUUCUGCAGGGCUACAGCUUGUAUCACCCCUGCCUGUGGAGGACUUCAACUCCGAUGACUCAGAUGACAUUAUCAUCUCACCCUUUCUGCCCAAGAAGAAGAAGAGCCCCUCUCCAUUCUAGGUCCCCAGUCAUUGCCUCCAGGUGAGGUGGCUGGGGACGGUUAGAGGACUCUGAGAAGAUGGCCUGUCUUUCUAGGGAAAGAGUCCUACCUCGGGAGUACUUCAGCAUCGCCAUGGGUUUUCUUGGGGUUGUGCAAGUGCCUUUGAGGGAUCCUCAUGGCCUCUGUGUGCCUUCCUGGGCAGAGUGGGUGGCCACUCCCUCUCCUCUCUCUGUUCAGCCCACAUUUCCACCCAAAUCCACCCAAAUCUACCCAAAUCAAGGCACUGAGGAGUCUUAGGGCAGCUUGACCUUGCCCUUGACCUUGGCAUUAUCAACAGCUAUUGAGGGUCAUCCUUCCUCGUCCUGUGAUGUCCUUGCCUGGGUGCUGCCCAGUGCCUUAUGGGGGCAGAGCUACCCCUUCCCCUAUCCCCAUAACCGAAUGCAGCCACAUCAAGCCAGCAAGAAACUAUGGGCUUUCCGAACGGGUUCCUGGCCCAUGGACUCCCCUGCUUCCUUCCCUCCUGUCCCCGACUUCAUCCUUCCCCGUAGGAAAGUCUGAGUGGAAUCUUAUCCCUGGGAGGACCAACUCUUGGAAGAAAGUACCCAGCAGUGUCUAACAGGGCAGCACACCUGCUGUUGGGAAAGGCAGCCCAGGGCAACCUCCAGGGGUCACCCAAAGAGAAAACCCGGAGCAGGGCUGGGAGGCGGCUGUCUUCUCAUGGUGGGUAGGACGAGUUCCAAUUUAGAUCUGAGGAUAGCCUCUGUCCCCUGGUAUCUGAAGGCCUUUGUAAGCCACCAGUACUGCCUAACCCCCUCAGCAGCCAGCAAAUUGGGGUACUGGUCCCUCACUUGUCUGAGAUUAGCUCCUGUCAGUGGGUGAGAACAAGGGGCCUCAGGCUUGGUCAGGGUUUCAGGGGCAUCCAGACAUCUGUGUAGUCCAGGUCUGCUGCCUGAGUCUCCUCCAGAAUCCCUGUGGGACUGGCUGGCUAGGCAGAACUAGUUGUCUUAGGAGACACCAGUGCUAGAAAGCUCCUCAGACUGAACCAAUAGGAACACCAUAGGGUUCGCCCUUAGGGACAGUUUAAUUCUUGGGCGUCCAGAAUGGCUGUCAGAGGCCAAGGAGGCGGAGCCCUUGGGCAGGCCUUGUCUGCCUACUGGAUGGAGAGUAAGGAGCUCCCAGAACUGCAACAGGACCAGCCCCUUUCUCUACCUGUGGGUAGAAAGGAACUCAGCCAGGACCCUCACCAGCUUAAUUUUUUCUGUAUUUGGUCUGUGGAUUGCCAGAUCUUUCCUUUUCCCCAGUUAAUUUUAUUGCUAAGUUUACCCACAGGAGAGCCAACUGAAGCCCUACUAGUCGUGUCUGGGGUGUGUUCCCUGUGAUCGGUGCCAUCCUUUGAAGCUUCAGAUCCAUCCACUAAGGCACAAGAGGGUGGCCAUAGGUGACCCUCGUGUGAGUGGGGGCACAGAGUGGGCGGCUUACAUGACUGUUCUGUCCCCUUUCUCAUUUGACAGCAGGCAUUUUACUCGGUGUUCUGAGAACCAGGGGCCUGAGUUCUCGGUUACAGGGUAGGAGAGAAGGGGCUAACAGCACCCCAGCAUCAGGACAGGGUCUCUGCACCUGACCUGCCAUUGGGGGUUGGGGAGGUCAAGAUUAGUUCCUACACUUGAGUUGUCUGAGAACUGGAAAGCUGUACAACUUCUUAGUGCAACACACUAUUAAAAGCCAACUCUCAGUCUUACAGCUACCUCAGUAAAUGACAGCGCCUCCAGCUAG